AUGUCCCGCUCCAAGGGACUCGACCACUUCACCCCCCUCAACCACGCCACAUGUCUUCACCAACCCUCGCACACACGCCCCCCCACCAGCCAAGACCCAGAUCUAAUCCUACUCCUAGGAUGGAUGGACGCCCUCCCAAGACACCUCUCCAAAUACGCCGCCGCAUACGAGAACCUGUACCCCUCAUCCCACAUUUUGAUCGUGACGACGAGCGCGCUCGAUACGACGAUUCACAGUCGAGAUGCGAAUCGCAAACGUAUCGAGCCUGCCCUCGAGGUGCUGUACUCCCUCGAUGCGAAGACGGGGUCGAAGACCCUCCUCCAUUUCUUCUCCAAUGGAGGGGGCUUUACGGGUAUACUGCUAGCGAAUGGGUAUCGAGAGAAAAUGGGAAGGGUGUUGCCGGUGAGGGGGGUGGUGUUGGAUAGUAGUCCCGGGCGGACCAGACAUGAGGCUACGAUCCGGGCUUUUUCGCUGGGGAUGCCGAAGAAUGUGUUCUUGCGGACGAUGGGGAUAUUUCUACUUAGGGUGUUCUUGAUUUUGUGGCGGGUUAAUGAUAUCCUGAGGGGACGGCCGAAUCUUAUUGAGAGUGUGAGGGGGGAGUUGAAUGAUCCCGCCGUGUUUGAUGGGCGUGCGAAGCGUUUGUAUGUUUAUAGUGUGGGUGAUGAGAUGGUUGAGUGGAGGGAUGUUGAGGAGCAUAUUAAGGAGGCGAAAGAGAGGGGUUAUAAAGUUGAGGGGGAGAGGUUUGAGGAGUCGGGGCAUGUGGCGCAUAUGCUUUAUGAUCCUGAGAGGUAUUGGGCUGCUGUUGAGAUGCUUUGGAGGAGUAACUCGUAG